ACUCAUUGUUCAGUCUCAGUGUCGUCGACAUCAAGUUUACAAAUAGUUUAUAUUUCAACAUCUAUUAUUUGUAAAAAGUCUUUUCAAUGGAGAUUGCUGGAAAAUUUCUAAAGCCCGUCUGGCGACCAAUGAUGCAGAUGGCUAGACUCUAUUGCGAUAAGCCGAUGCGGAGUUUGGUGGCUUUUCCUGUUGCCAAAGUGGAAAGUGGAAAGUCCAAGUACAUGAUGGCCCACGUUUACAUUCACGGGGAAAUGGGCAGUGCCAAGCAAGUGAUUCGCAGUCAUUCCAAGGCCAAGUACCAUCUUGAUGUCUAUGAUGAGUUGAAAAAGGAGGCCGAGGCGAUGGGCCUGUGCACCCAGGGAUUGGGUGGUGGCUACCUGGUCCACGACAAGGAGAAGAAGUACAUCAAGCUCUAUGGAAGAUCGCAGGCUCUGGGAAAAGCUGAUCACGAGGCUGCCCGCGAAUUGUUGCAACCCAUUUACAAUGAUCACAAGAUCGACGCUGAAUCUGGCGGCAUGGAACCCUAAAUUGACGUUUUCUUUUAGUGAUUGAUUCGGUCCGGCCAACAUUUCGGUUUUGACAAUCCACAUUGUCUUGAAUUAUUGUUUUUAAAUUUUAGUCCAAGGACUAUGUGAAUACUUAACAUUCAUUAAAAUUAAAUUACCUGAAACAAA